CGAGUGGAGGCAAUUCGGCAGGAGCUGACGCUUAUGCACGAGGAAGUGUCCGACAAGGAGAUGAUUACUGCUUUGCUGACUGGACUGGGGGAGAAGUAUGAAAGUAUGGUCGAAACAUUCGACAACCUGGACGACUAUUCUCUGCAGCAAGUAAAACUCAAGCUGACGAGUCGUGCGGCCAAGGCCCGCAAAAAAGGGAAUGGUCAGGCAUCAAAUACCGGUUCACAGAUCGCACCUGUGCAGUCGGACGAUAAGGAAGUGUCGUUCGUCAACAAGAAG